AUGCGCGUUGACGCCGCGGAGUUUGUGCCGUUUGCUGCUGCCUCCAAUGAUGACGCGUGGACAGGCAGCUCACAUCCGUCAAUGUACGGUGGUGGAGUCGGGGCUGCAAGCGGGUUGUCUGCAGACAGUCCAGCAUUUGUUCCUGGUGCACAGGAUGUGACAGCCUGGCAGACAGUGCCGCCUUGGGAGGUUUGGCAAGCCGGUCGAGACCACAGCGCGCCAGUGGCAGAGUACGGUGCUGCGAUGCCAGAGUGCACUGAAACGGCACCGAUUGUCACUUAUGUUGAUGAGGAAACGUUUCUGACUCCUCAGCUCUUGGAAGAGAUGCCUGAGCUCGCUGCGCACUCCAUGCAUUCGCUGCCUUUGUCUCCGUCCGGAAAGGAAGCUCCAGAUGACGGCAACCUUCCAGAAUCCCCGGAGAAGGAGCUGCUAUUCUCGCACAGCCAUGCAAGCUUCAGCGGCAGCAGCCAAGCCGCCACCACAGAGGAGCCAUCUCGCCAUAGCGAGCUAACAGGCACUGGCUGCGCGACCAGUAGCACAUGUCCAUCCGCAACUACUGGCUCUUGCGCCGGCGUGCUGAGCGUGCAUGGCCGCAAGCUCCAUUGGACACUGACAGGAAGAGAUUGCCAGAGCUGCAAUGAUCUCUUCUUGCUGGACGAGUGGCCUCAAGGCGAAGGCGUUGAGAGCCCCAGAUUUGUGGUGGCAGGUGUGCCUCUAAGAAUGAUUUUCUUUCCGGCCGGUGCUGCGCUCACGGGAGAAGGCGAUUGCGCUGUUGGCGUGCUUUGUGAGGACGG